CGACGAUUCGACGUGUUAUGGCCGUCGUCAGCGGUGUUUCGUGUUUUGCUUGACAUUUCCGACCAAAUUUCAGUGACUGUUGCGAGUUUCCGGAGGAUUUCUCCUUCACACAUGAACUUGUCUUGAUUUAAAAAUAGAACUUGUCAACAUGGGGUGUUAUGCGACCGUAUUUAUUUUUCUUUUUGCGACCAAUGUUCCUGCUUGGGCGUUUUAUCUUCCCGGUCUGGCUCCAGUAAAUUUCUGCAAAGAAGGCGAAGGAAAUCGUGAUACAUGCAAGUCUGAUGUUGCUUUGUACGUCAACCGACUGAACUCUGAAGAUUCCGUUCUUCCCUACGAGUAUCACCACUUCGACUUUUGCCUAACUGACGAGACGAAUUCUCCAGUGGAAAAUCUUGGUCAGGUGGUAUUUGGAGAGAGAAUCAGACCCUCCCCCUACAAGAUCAAAUUCUUGGAGCCGCAAACAUGCACAGUUUUGUGCACCAAGCAGUACAAAGGAGGCGAACCAGAGUCACUGAGGAACCUGCAGCAUCUGAAGAAGGGCAUUAGUCUCAACUAUCAACAUCACUGGAUAGUUGACAACAUGCCUGUUACCUGGUGUUAUCAGAUGACUGAUGGCCAGCAGCAUUGCUCGACUGGCUUCCCUAUGGGCUGCUACAGUCAUGACGUGACAAAAGAUAACUGCCAAAUUGGAGGUGCUAAGCAAAAUGUCUACUACGCCUACAAUCAUGUCGACAUUGUCAUCACCUAUCAUAGCGGAAAGCAAGAGGACUGGGGAAGCGGUUUGGGCAGCAAAGGAGGAAGGAUCAUUUCUGUCAAAGUUUCACCUCGCAGCAUCUUGCACGAAGACCCAACAAAGCCUGACUGCAGCAGUACAAAGCCGAUGGAAAUUUACGGAAAGGAACUUGCCAAUGGUGAAAAGCUGUCCAUCACGUACUCAUACUCGGUCAAGUUUAUCGAAAACAACAGCAUCAAAUGGUCAUCUCGAUGGGAUUACAUCCUUGAGUCGAUGCCGCACUCAAACAUCCAGUGGUUCUCAAUCUUGAACUCACUAGUGAUUGUUCUCUUCCUAUCUGGAAUGGUGGCAAUGAUCCUCCUGAGAACCCUGCACAAGGACAUUGCCAGGUACAACCAGAUCGACUCCGGAGAAGAUGCACAAGAAGAGUUUGGUUGGAAAUUAGUGCACGGAGACGUGUUCCGUCCUCCUCGAAAGGGAAUGCUCCUCUCUGUUCUGCUCGGCUCUGGCAUCCAGGUGUUGUGCAUGACCCUGGUAACUCUGGCGUUUGCUUGCCUGGGCUUUUUGUCCCCAGCCAAUCGAGGCGCCCUGAUGACCUGUGCCAUGGUCCUCUACGCCUGCCUUGGCACUCCAGCUGGUUACAUUUCUGCACGCGUUUACAAAAGUUUUGGUGGGGAAAAGUGGAAGCUGAAUGUCCUCCUGACUUCAAUGCUGUCCCCUGGUGUUGUAUUCUCGCUCUUCUUUGUCCUCAACCUGGUGUUGUGGGGCGAGGGAAGUUCGGCUGCCGUACCAUUCACCACUCUGAUUGCCAUUUUGGCUCUCUGGUUUGGCGUUUCGGUUCCCCUGACCUUUGUUGGAGCUUUCCUUGGAUUCAGAAAAAGGCCACUUGAGCACCCUGUCAGGACAAACCAGAUUCCUCGCCAGAUUCCGGAACAGUCCGUUUACACACAACCCAUUCCUGGAGUUAUCAUGGGUGGCGUACUUCCUUUUGGCUGCAUUUUCAUCCAGCUUUUCUUCAUUCUCAACUCGAUCUGGUCCAGCCAGAUGUACUACAUGUUUGGAUUCCUCUUCUUGGUCUUUGUGAUCCUUGUCAUCACCUGCUCAGAGACGACCAUUCUCCUUUGCUACUUCCAUCUUUGUGCUGAGGACUAUCACUGGUGGUGGCGCAGUUUCUUAACAAGUGGCUUCACAGCAUUUUAUUUGUUCAUCUAUUGCGUCCACUAUUUUGUCACAAAGUUGAACAUAGAGGACACAGCAUCAACCUUCCUUUAUUUUGGAUACACACUGAUCAUGGUUUUCCUCUUCUUCCUCUUGACAGGCACCAUUGGCUUCUUUGCCUGCUUCUGGUUCGUGCGCAAAAUCUACAGUGUUGUCAAGGUUGAUUAAAAAUACGGCGGAUGAGUGUUUUUGUUGUUGAAGCACAAUGAUUUUGUUUAUUUAGCCAGUAACUUUUGAAAGAUUGAUGUCCUCAGACACUCUGUGCUUUUGACACUCCUCUGUAGGACCGAAUUUCAAGCAUCCUGCCGUUAUUUGAAUUAAAUACUUUCAUCACUGUUUUAUGAAAACACUGUUCUCUUACAACUGGUAUUUAAUUCUAUCUUCUUGUAAAUAAGAAGGAAGUGUGCAUGAUGAUCUUGUGAUUUAUCCAGAAGGCAUAGUCUUUUAAUUUAAGCAGCAAUCAAAGCAUUAUGUAGUUUGGGAAAAAAAUUAUUUUGGUAACAACUGUCCCUCAAAUUAAUGCUUGAUAAUGAUCACAAAAUUUGGAGUCCUGACAUUUCCCAAUUUUUGUAAAUAAAAUAACUGUAAUUGGGCUAAAUUACCUCAGGUUUACAGCCUAUAGUUGGAGAUAACGUUAGUUUCUUUUCUAAAUGCAGCUGUAAAGGGUUGCAAUUUUAGUACUUGGAGAAUUUUAAUUUAUUUGAUGGACUUAAAGAUCAGCCAAUCUAGCAAAAUGAAUGCUGCAAUAUAAUAUCCUUUCCAUUUCUACUGCUAUGCAAAUAAUUGCAGCAAGGUGAUAAAUCGUUAAAAUUAGGAGUGAGAAAAGAAUAAUUUUAUUUUUAGCCAUUAUAAUAUGUUUCUUGUUUCAAAGAGGAGCUUUUGAACUUGCGUUGAAUGCACUGAUGUGAAGUAUUUAAUUAAUAAUGAUUUGCAUUAACUAUUUCUGGAGCAAAUGUACAGAAAAUCUUGCUGUAACAGUAAACUGAAGUUUUAAAUAAAUAAUUAUUGGUAAAAA